AUGCAAGAUAUAGUAAAGCUUGAAGUUCUUUUCCGUUCUUGUGAGGGCAGCCAGCAAGUGACCAACCUUCUUCAAAAGAUCAAGAAGGUUACUUCUAGAUUCAAAGGCAAAACUGGAAGAAAGGGUGAUGCACGUCCCAAAGACUUUGGUUGGGCAAACUGGAGGAAGAUCAGUGUUUUGUCUGGUCAUGCUGGCCUUAAGGCAAUGGUUAGGUUAAGAGCUAGAACAAGAGAUGGAAAGCCUGCAGCUACACAAAAAACAAAAAACAAUAAAAAACAAAACAAAAGAAAAAAAGAGCCUUUUGAUCUAGUUGAUGCCACAAAAGAAAUAGGGUUUAAAAGACCUGCUACAGCUCAAGAAAAUUACCAGUAUGACUAUCACACAUCUGUUAGCAAGAGGGUUAAAUUUCAGCCUGGUUUUCCUGUCUCUCAUGAGAUAGUCAAUGAUGUUAAGGGUGGGUUUAACUCUACUGCUGAUGGAUAUAUGCUUGCAACCCUUCCAAAACACAGCAGCAUUUAUGUCAGCACGUUUAGAACCAAUGUCAAGCAAUUAGAAGACAUUAUAAAGCAUGGUUCUGAUCUCUGUAUUACCAACUCCAACUCCAACUCCAACUCCAACUCCAACUCCAACUUCAUCCCAGCGUGUUUAGAAGUCAAUAUGUGA